UUCAGUGAAUAAUAUGACGACUUUCAAUGAUUCGAACAUUAUAUAAACAUUCGAAUCGUUAACAAUUUUACUAAUUAUGAUUCAACCAUGAUGAAAAAAUCAUCUUCAUCAUUAUCACCAACACCAGCACAUUCCAUCCACAUGGCUACAAAAUCCGAUACAAAUAAUCAACAGAAUAUAUUUGAAAAUUUAAUAUUUGAAAAAUUCUGUUCCUGUUUAGAGCUAUGGAAAGGCUGUGUUCUGGCUGGAAUAUUUACAAUGAGCACAAGUGUUUUUGAUCUACUUUGGAGCAUAGCACAUAUGAUUGAUGAGGAUACAGUUAUAUUUUUCUAUUUACUAUUUUGUCUGGGCAUUGAAAGUGUCAUUUUUAUUGCUGCCAUUGGAAUUUUAUUUAUAGCAUUAAUCAAGAGAUCUAGAUGUUUACUAUUACCAUGGUUAAUCAUGACAUUUGUUGAUGUAUUUUUUAGCUUAUUGAUUGCGUUCGCCGAAUUAGCCCUACCGAGUAAUUUCAAUACAAGUGGAUGUACUGUUCCAGCCAUUUCGAUGGUAGUCACAUUACUUGUUUGUUUUAUAACGAUCUAUUGUUGGCUAUGUGUUUAUGGACAAUAUCUUCAUUAUUCUAAAAACACUGUCAAUAUAUCGGAAAUUAAAGUUAGCCCUAUCGAUGAUUUUGGUCGACCAAGUAGUUCACAUGCGAUACGACCAUCUUCAUCUCAACAACAGCAACAACAACUUAUGGGUCAUGAAUUAAAUCCAGGAACAACGACUGAUUUAUCGGCACAAAAAUAUCUUAAUGAAAAUAAUCUCAAUAUUAAUAAUAAUCAACAACAACAAACGGAUACGUUAAAAGUACCACAAAUUUCAACACCCAGAGAUGCUUGGUAACCUCGAAAAGCAAAAAUUUGAAUUUUUUUUUCGCAACGAUUUUUUGUAAAGCACUUUUUUCCAAAGUUCCUUUUUGACUUAGUAAAAUAAUAAUGGCAUUAAUAUUUUUUUCAAAUUGUUA